AGGGCGGGGCGCGGCCGCAGUGCAGAGUCCCGAGCCGCGGACGUUACGUAAAAGUCCCGGCCGCCGGUUUUAGGUGGUUGCGGUCUUGGGGGCUUGUGUCUCCGGGGUUGGGGCAGAGCUGACUCUCGUCCGCGGAGGAACAUUAGUGGGCUGUGGGGUUUGUCUUCGAGAGGCGCCCGCCUGAAUCCGUCUCUUCCCGGGCAGGUCGCAAUGGAAGAAGAGAUCGCCGCGCUCGUCAUUGACAAUGGCUCCGGCAUGUGCAAAGCUGGCUUUGCUGGGGACGAUGCACCCCGAGCCGUGUUUCCCUCCAUCGUCGGGCGCCCCCGACACCAGGGCGUGAUGGUGGGCAUGGGCCAGAAGGACUCCUACGUGGGUGACGAGGCCCAGAGCAAGCGCGGCAUCUUGACCCUCAAGUACCCUAUCGAGCAUGGCAUUGUCACCAACUGGGACGACAUGGAGAAAAUCUGGCACCAUACUUUCUACAAUGAGCUGCGCGUGGCCCCAGAGGAGCACCCGGUGCUGCUGACCGAGGCCCCUCUGAACCCUAAGGCCAACAGAGAGAAGAUGACUCAGAUUAUGUUUGAGACCUUCAACACCCCGGCCAUGUACGUGGCCAUCCAGGCCGUGCUGUCCCUCUACGCCUCUGGGCGCACCACUGGCAUUGUCAUGGACUCUGGCGACGGGGUCACCCACACGGUGCCCAUCUACGAGGGCUACGCCCUCCCCCACGCCAUCCUGCGUCUGGACCUGGCUGGCCGGGACCUGACUGACUACCUCAUGAAGAUCCUCACCGAGCGUGGCUACAGCUUCACCACCACGGCCGAGCGGGAAAUUGUGCGAGACAUCAAGGAGAAGCUGUGCUACGUCGCCCUGGACUUCGAGCAGGAGAUGGCCACCGCCGCAUCGUCCUCUUCCCUGGAGAAGAGCUACGAGCUGCCCGAUGGCCAGGUCAUCACCAUCGGCAAUGAGCGGUUCCGGUGUCCGGAGGCGCUGUUCCAGCCGUCUUUCCUGGGCAUGGAAUCUUGUGGCAUCCAUGAGACCACCUUCAACUCCAUCAUGAAGUGUGACGUGGACAUCCGCAAAGACCUGUAUGCCAACACGGUGCUGUCUGGCGGCACCACCAUGUACCCCGGCAUUGCCGACAGGAUGCAGAAGGAGAUCACCGCCCUGGCACCCAGCACCAUGAAGAUCAAGAUUAUCGCACCCCCAGAGCGCAAGUACUCAGUGUGGAUCGGUGGCUCCAUCUUGGCCUCACUGUCCACCUUCCAGCAGAUGUGGAUUAGCAAGCAGGAGUACGACGAGUCGGGCCCCUCCAUCGUCCAUCGCAAAUGCUUCUAAAUGGACUGAGCAGAUGCGUAGCAUUUGCUGCAUGGGUUAAUUCAGAAGUAUAAAUUUGCCCUUGGCAAAUGCAUACACCUCAUGCUAGCCUCACGAAACUGGAAUAAGCCUUUGAAAAGAAAUUGUCCUUGAAGCUUGUAUCUGAUAUCAGCACUGGAUUGUAGAACUUGUUGCUGAUUUUGACCGUGUAUUCAAGUUAACUGUUCCCCUUGGUAUUUGGUAUUAAUGUGUCAGGGCUUGAGUGUUCUGGGAUUUCUCUAGAGGCUGGCAAGGGCUCCUGAACCAGUUUCUGCCCUGCCAGUCUGUCAGGGUUGGAAAGUCCAAGCCAUAGGACCCAGUUUUCUUAGCUGACGUUUUCUGCCAGAACACCGUGGGCUGUUACUUGCCUUGAGUUGGAAGCGGUUUGCAUUUACACCUGUAAAUGUAUUCAUCCUUUUAAUUUAUGUAAGGUUUUUUUGUACGCAAUUCUCAAUUCUUUAAAGAGAUGACAACAAAUUUUGGUUUUCUACUGUUAUGUGAGAACAUUAGGCCCCAGCAACACGUCAUUGUGUAAGGAAAAAUAAAAGUGCUGCCGUAAC